AUGGCCACGAACUUCCCUCUCGGGAUGGAAUUCGACGACUUCACGCAGGAAACGGACACUGUAGCAUCUGUACUGGUCAAAGAUGUGCUUACAGCCCAACAAGCGCAAGCCAUAGAGCGCAUCCAUAUCAAUGACAUGUUAUCCCAUCCGCUAGAGUAUCAAGCACUGCUUAUAUGCUUUCCUGGUUUGAAGCAGCUGCGACAGUCGCGCGAUGGCGCUGCAUCUGUGCUAGAUGGAGAUGAACUCCAGUGGAUCGAUUACUUCCGGACGAAGCGGCAAAGCAAGCUGCAAAGCAUUGAAGUUGUGACUGGCUACGAUAUAGACAAGUCGCAGGAUCGACGUAUCGGCGACAGAGAAGCUGCAGAAGGCCUGGAGAAUUAUCUUUCCAACCGCUACUACGCCGAGGCUCAAGCACAAGGCGGCAUGAUGGACGGCGAAGCAGUAGAUCAUGUCGACGAAGCUCUGCUUGAUCGCCUGUGCAAAAGCGAGCACUGCCUGAAGGAAUCGCCUCGCAGAUUCCUGGAUACAAACCAACGUCCUGGGCCUACCAAGACAACGCUUCGUGGACAAUAUUCUUUGUCUGCUGUCAACGAUGACGAGGAGUAUAGUGAUUCGGACGAUAGUAUAUCAGAGGAUGACGAAGAAGGACAGCUGCAGCGAAGAUUUCGCAUGAACUUCCGUCGCUUCCACGAUGAGAUGUUCCGCCGCGCGCACCUGCGAGGAUACACCCCGAUGUACAAACGGACAGACGUCCGCGUUGAGUAUCAUCGUGCUAGGUGA